CUCCAUGCGGUUUACAAUGCUGGUUUACCCAAAGACGAUGCUCGCAUUGCUGAUCGCUUCCUUGCCUUGCUGACCUUAUCAGUGCAAACACUGGUAAGAGUUACCAUGGCCCGCUCUGGUCCCAAUGGGGAGUCCAAGUGUGAUUGGACUGUAGAGCAGAUCACGCAGAUCGGCAGAGACAUCUUUGGGGAUGACAACAGGCUCUAUGCUGAGGCGACCCGAUUGAUUCCUGGUUCCCGUGGGCAACCUGAGAAGAAUAACGAGGAACAUCCCAGAAAGAAGCUUCACCACUCCAACAAGAUAACCAAGCAUGAGAAGACAUUUUUCUGCUCGCACCAUGGAAAAAACCCGACCCAUGAGUCCAGCAAGUGUUUUACCUUGAUCAACCACAAGAACAAAGCCAGUAGUUCCAACAGUCGCAAUCCUUGCAGACAUUGUGGUGAAAACUACUACCAUGGUCAUGUCUGCAAAAGCAAGAACAAUGAGCCAAUUCUCAUGGUAUCCCAGUCUCCCGCAAAGGAUAAGUCUGAGCAGAUGCUCAAGACGAUCCAGGACAGGAUAGAUGAAGACAUGGAGGAAAUAUCAUUUGAAUAGAACCAGAAGUUAAUCGGGAUGAUCGAUACAGGCAGUUCCUGCACGUUUAUAAAUUUGAAAUGUUUAAAUAACAAUUUACAAAUAACAAAAAUAAAUUCUUCAAUUGGUUCCUUU